AUGAAUUAUCAGCAUUACCUAUUUGGGCCUGAGUCUGCAAUUAUGCAGAAGAUGGUGGUGUGGGCUAAAGUUGUUGCUGCUAUAAAUAGUGAGGGGGUGGUCAAGCGGACCGAGGACACGUGCCUCAAAUGGUACUAUGAUAUCAAGCGCCGUGUGAAGUCUAAAAUGGCUAAGGAGGCAAAGCCUGCUCGUCAGACCGUUGGGGUUCAGACCUUCAUUGCCAGAUAUCUGGAGUACGAGGAGCCCAUGUGGAACUUAAUACCUCCUGAAGUUGUGGCAGCAACACAUGACCGUGAUUCUGAUCGUCCCAGCCAGGAUGUGUUGAAAAAGUCCAAAACUACCAGACCUCCAGUCAGUCCAACUACAUCUGAUGAUGAUGAUGAUGACGCUGUGGCAGCAGGUCACUCAACACAAGGCACUGCGAGCAGAAGACGUCCUCCUGAACCACACAAAAAGCCACCACAUGUGGCACCCAAGAGACCAAGGUCAGAUGUCCAGUCCAAAACACAGAUGUCUCCAUCACAAAAUAGAAUUUCAAUAGUGUCUUUAAAACCACCACACCAAAUUUUGGACACUCCACCAAGACACCAACCACACUCCCCUCAUCUGGAUGAAUCAACUAAUGAGCCAAGCAGCCCUCCGACACACCAGCAAGACAGUGACAUGGAUGAAACAUUUGUUUUACAUCUUCAGCCAAUCAAUGAAGCAAACACCCCCCCAGCACCUGUGAGUACACCUCCCCCGCAACACACACCACCACCACAACAGAGCCCAACAACACCCAGUAGCACAAGGGCCUGA